AUGGCGUCCGUGACGUCCCUCCCCGCAGCUCUAACCAUUGCUGCUGGCGUGUCCGCUUCGCUCCCCGCCUCCUCCCUCUCCCACACUCCCACCCCCUCGUCGUCGACUCGCAUUGCCUCGCUAAAAUGCCGAGCCGAGGCGCGAAAGGAUGACGUUACUUCUCAACCCGCUGACGUGGCAAAAUGGCUCGGCACGGCCGCGGUGACCCUAUCCGCCACGGCAGCGCUUUUCUGCGGCUCCGUCGACCCCGCAUUCGCCGACGUGGAAUUGAAAACGUACUACGGCACAGCUGCCAGCGCGUCGUCCUAUGGCGGGUACGGCGGGAACGCGAGCAAGCAGGCGACGGCGGAGUAUAUUUACGGCGUUCCUGACGAGUGGAAGGAGCGCGCGAUCUCCAAGGUGGAGAAGGGUACCAAUGGCACGGACAGCGAGUUCUUCUGGCCGAAGAACCGCAACGUGAAGACCUACGUCACCUUCCUCGCUGGCUUCCGCCGUCUUCCCCCGCAGGACAACGUGUUGAGCGACAUCGCUCUCUCUGACGUCAACCUGCAGGAUUUGAUUCAGACAGCGGACGAGAUCAAGCAGGGGCAGCACCGGGACGCGGAGAGCAACCAGCUGUACUACGACUUUGAGAUCGACAGCCCGCUGGGCCACGCCCUCAUUACAGUCACCGCCGCCAAGAACAAGCUCUACGCUCACUUUGUCAACGCUCCGGAUAAAUUCUGGAAAACGGACGAGGCGUUGCUGCGGCAGAUUCAGACCUCGUUCAAGACCGUCGGUAGGGACCCACUUGCCCCACCGGAUGUCUACUAG